AUGUCAUCAACUAUGCGCAAAACUUAUCUUUCAUCUUUUGUCUUGAUCUACAAAGAUUGGAACAAUAGAGACUGGACGUAUUUUACUAAAUCUGUUGUAGCAUCAAAAUGUCUUUUUGGUCUUGUGGCUGGUUUGAUACUUAGACGUACACGCCAUUACAAGUAUUUGCAGAUAAUUGGGAUAUCAAUUGAAAUGAUCGGUGCCGGUUUGUUAGUAAGCAUCACAGAUGCUAAUACAAACACUGGAACUUUAGUAAUGUCACAAAUUCUAUCCGGUAUGGGUGGAGGGUUAAGUGUUUAUAGUUCACGUACUGCGAUACAAGCAGCAGUUUCCCAUCAAAACAUGACAAUGGCAAUAACAACUCUUGUCCUAUUUUCUAGUAUUGGAAGUGCAAUUGGAAGUGCAAUUGCUGCUGUUAUAUGGAAUAGCAAAACACCAACGAAUUUGAGAAAAUAUAUGCCAAGUAACAUAACUGAUGAACAAGUGCAAACCUUUUUUGGAAAUUUGAAAUUAUUACGGAAAUAUCCAAUGGGUAGCCCAGUUAGAAGUGCAGCUAUUGAUGCGUAUAUCGAUACUGUUUAUUACCUCUUUGCGCCGGCUUUAGGGGUUUUAUUUAUUUCCUUCAUCGUUUGCUUUUUUCAAAAGAAUUACUACUUAGGUGAUGGUCAAAAUGCGAUAGAACCAGAAGAACAUAAUAACCCCGAAGGUGACGACGGUCCAGAUUUUGUUGACAGGUUUUUGGCAAAAUUGGCCUACAAAACUAGGAAAGACAAAUAG